AUGGUGAAAAAUUUAAAGACUGAAAGCCUUCCCAAAAUCAGAGCCAUCAAAGAAGUAUCUGAGAUACGUUCUGGAGUGCAUAACUUGUCGUUGAGGAUUACCCUGAGGUUGAUAGAUAAUGUUAUCUGCGAAGCUGAGGAUGUUCUUGAUGAGUACAAGUACAAACAUCUGGAACAACAAGUGCUGCGCAAACAACAUGCAUGUGUGUGUUGCUUUUAUUCCUAUAAAUUUCUUGUUCAUCACUCAUCAAGGUUGGAAGAAGUUGUCAAGCAGUUGGAGCAGAUUUCUUACUCUGCAGAUAAUUGUAUCUCCCGUCUCAAUGAUAUCGGUGAAGACAGGUUUGAUGCUCGUGUCGAUACGACCUCUUAUUUAUAUGAGGAAGUGUUUGGCAGAGAUAAAGAGAUUAAACAUGUAACAAAGCUUCUAACCACGCAUCCAAUGCUGGCUAGUAAUCGAAGGCCAAUCAGUGAUGCUGAUGAGGAUGAGCAUAACUAUGAAACCCUUCCUAUUAUUGGUGUCGAAGGAGUUGGCAAGACUGUUCUUGCCAAAUCUGUGUAUCAUCACUCAGAAAUCAGUCAGCAUUUUGAUCUGAGGGUGUGGAUUCAUGCACUUGAGGAUUUCGAUGAGGUCAGUAUAACCACUAGCAUGAUACAAUUAGUUUCCAAGCAAUCCCGCCCUGACACCAAGAACUUGGACGAGCUCCAAAAACUACUCAGCGAACAUAUUAGAGGGAAAAAGUUUUUGCUUGUCUUGGAUGAUGUCUGGUAUGAUGAGAAAUCCACAGAAUUGGAAAACAAAGUUAGAUGGAUGAGGGUCCGUGCCCCUUUAAGACAUGGCCAACCUGGGAGCAGGAUUUUGGUCACAAGCACCAUGAAAUUGGUGGCCAAGAUGUUUACAUGUACUAUAGAUCCUGUUGUUCUUGGGGGUUUGCAAGAUGCAGUCCAUGAUGGAAGCGCGCAACCACUGCCCUUAAGUAUCACGCAGCUCCACCUCGGCAGCUGCUUUGUGGAUGAUAGUGAGCUGCUCAAUUGCAUCAGCAAGCUGACCUCGCUCACUCACCUUGUUCUUGCUGCUUGUCACUGCAUAACAACACUCCCCUCAGAAGAGGUACUAAGAAAACUCACACAGCUUCAGGAGCUUCGAAUUGAGGACUGCGUAUUGCUCACAUCACUCGGGGGCCUUCGGGCACUCCCUUCACUCCGAGUGCUCAACAUCCGCUCAUGCCCCAACUUGUUGGCAUUGAUCCCAUCUGAAGGUAGCAGUAGUGUUGCUAGUGCACUCCUACCAGAGUCUCUGAUCGAUCUAGAAAUCACAGAUUGUGAGCUCAUGACCAAUGACCUUAUCAAUAGGUGCUUGAGAGGUCUCACCAGGCUCAAACAUUUGUCAUUGCAACAGCUUAAGCACAUAACUUCUUUCCCAUCAGAUGAUAAACUCUCACACUUGACAUCCAUUGAAAGUUUGACACUAAAAGAUUAUGAUAAGCUGGUUUCAAUGGGCGGGUUGCAUGUGCUCAGUUCCAUAAGUUCGCUACAUGUUAACGGCUGCCCAGGCCUCCUAGAAUCAGAUAUUGGUGAUGGUAUACUACAUGUUCCUAACAUCACUGUAGACAACCUUUCACUGCUGCAAGCGUUGUUCUCUAGAAAAGGACUUGCCUCACUUCAAGUUUUGACUGUCGUUGGUCAGGAAGUCCCAUUCACACCCAAACAGGAGGACUGUCUUGAGCUCCUCACCUCUCUUUAG